CAGCUUUGCCGCCGGACCGUUUAAAGCUGCUUUUUAAACCUUCACGAAUAACAGCCUCUGGGUGUGAACUCUGGAAUAAUGUGGACCUUGGCACUGUGGGUAUUCUCUUUCCUCUGCAAAUUCAGCCUGGCAGUCCUGCCGACUAAGCCAGAGAACAUUUCCUGCGUCUUUUACUUCGACAGAAAUCUGACUUGCACUUGGAGACCAGAGAAGGAAACCAAUGAUACCAGCUACGUUGUGACUUUGACUUACUCCUAUGGAAAAAGCAGUUAUACUGACAAUGCUGCAGAGGCUUCGUAUUCUUUCCCCCUUUCCUGUGCAAUGCCCCCGGACAUCUGCAGUGUCGAAGUAGAAGCUCAAAAUGGGGAUGGUAAAGUUAAAUCUGACAUCACAUAUUGGCAUUUAACCUCCAUAGCAAAAACCGAACCACCUAUAAUUUUAAGUGUGAAUCCAAUUUUUAAUAGAAUGUUCCAGAUACAAUGGAAACCCUGUGAAAAGACUCGUGGGUUUCCUUUAGCGUGCAUGCUUCGGUUCAGAACUGUCAACAGUAGCCAUUGGACGGAAGUCAAUUUUGAAAACUGUAAACAGGUCUGCAACCUCACAGGACUUCAGGCUUUCACAGAAUAUGUCCUGGCUCUACGAUUCAGGUUCAAUGACUCAAGAUAUUGGAGCAAGUGGAGCAAAGAAGAAAUCGGAGUGACUAUGGAGGAAGUUCCACAUGUCCUGGACCUGUGGAGAAUUCUGGGACCAGCAGACAUGAACGGAGACAGGAAAGUGCGAUUGCUGUGGAAGAAGGCAAGAGGAGCCCCAGUCUUGGAGAAAACAUUUGGCUACAACAUACAGUACUUUGCAGAGAACAGCACUAACCUCACAGAGAUAAACAACAUCACCACCCAGCAGUAUGAACUGCUUCUGAUGAACCAGACACACUCUGUGUCCGUGACUUCUUUUAAUUCUCUUGGCAAGUCCCAAGAGGCCAUCCUGAGGAUCCCAGAUGUCCGUGAGGAGACCUUCCAGUGCAUUAAGAGCAUGCAGGCCCACAUAGCCGAGCCCCUGCUGGUGGUGAACUGGCAGAGCUCCAUUCCUGAGGUGGACACUUGGAUAGUGGAGUGGCUCCCAGAAGCUGCUGCAUCGAAGUUCCCUGCCCUUUCCUGGGAAUCCGUGUCUCAGGUCACGAACUGGACCAUCGAGCAAGAUAAACUAAAACCUUUCACAUGCUAUAAUAUAUCAGUGUAUCCAGUGUUGGGACACCGAGUCGGAGAGCCGUAUCCAAUCCAAGCUUAUGCCAAAGAAGGAGCUCCAUUAAAAGGUCCUGAGACCAGGGUGGAGAAUAUCGGUCUGAGGACAGCCACGAUCACAUGGAAGGAGAUUCCCAAGAUUGCUAGAAAUGGAUUUAUCAACAAUUACACUGUAUUUUACCAAGCUGAAGGUGGAAAAGAACUCUCCAAGACUGUUAACUCCCAUGCCCUGCAGUGUGACCUGGAGUCUCUGACACGAAGGACCUCUUACACUGUUUGGGUCAUGGCCAGCACCAGAGCUGGAGGGACCAACGGGGUGAGAAUAAACUUCAAGACAUUGUCAAUCAGUGUGUUUGAAAUUGUCCUUCUAACAUCUCUAGUUGGAGGAAGCCUUCUUCUACUUAGCAUCAAAACAGUGACUUUUGGCCUCAGAAAGACAAACCGGUUGACUCCUCUGUGUUGUCCUGAUGUUCCCAACCCUGCUGAAAGUAGUUUAGCCACAUGGCUCGGAGAUGGUUUCAAGAAGUCAAAUAUGAAGGAGACUGGAAACUCUGUGAACACAGAAGACGGGGUCCUAAAACCAUGCCCCGUCCCCGCGGAUCUCAUUGACAAGCUGGUAGUGAACUUUGAGAAUUUUCUGGAAGUAGUUUUGACAGAGGAAGCUGGAAAGGGCCAGGCGAGCCUUUUGGGAGGAGAAGCGAAUGAGUGUGUGACCUCCCCGUCUAGGCCCGACGGUCCCACAGGGAAAAGUUUUAAGGAGCCCUCCGUUUUAAUUGAGGUUGCUUCUAAAGACUCCCACAGCCCGUGUUCCAGAAUGGCGGACGAGGAGUACUCAGAAUUGGCCAGGCAGCCUUCGUCUUCCUGUCAGAGUCCAGGGCUAGCGCCUCCCUGUGAAGACCAAGCUCAGAAUCCGUAUUUGAAAAAUUCAGUGACAACCAGGGAAUUUCUUGUGCAUGAAAAUAUCCCAGAGCACAGCAAAGGAGAAGUCUGA